CAAUUACGUCACAAGCUCGCUGGACUUUAGAUCGUGUUCGCAGGUCUGAGGGAGAGACGAACCUGGAAGCCACCUGCGGACGGAUGACACACGAUGGCCAAGUUUCUGUCUCAGACUCAGAUUAAUGAAUUUAAAGAAUGUUUCUCGCUCUAUGAUAAGAAGCGGAAGGGGAAAAUCGAAGCCAAGGAUCUGAUCACGGUGAUGCGGUCUUUAGGCACAAGUCCCACUUUCAGUGAAGUGGACCGACACCUACUGGUCCAUAAAAUAGAUAAAAUGGGCGAGUUGGACUUCUCUACCUUCCUGACCAUCAUGCACAGACAGAUGCAGCAGGAAGACCCCAAGACGGAGAUCCUGGAGGCCAUGCGCAUGACGGACAAGCAGAAGAAGGGCUAUAUCCUGGCGUCUGAGCUCCGUGCCAAGCUCACAGGCCUGGGAGAGAAGCUGACUGAUAAAGAAGUCGAUGAGCUGUUCAAGGAGGCCAACGUCGGCCCUGAUGGCCGGAUUCACUACGAGGAGUUUACCAGGAUGGUCACUCUGCCUCAGGCCGACUACUGAAGCACCAAACAGGUCCACUGCCUGGACUUAUCAGUGGGCCUGUAUCAAGUUAUAUUAAUCAACAGGCAUUUACAAAAACAUGAAUCACUUGACUUUUUUGUCUAUUUCUAGACAUUUUCUUGAGUCUAAGUUCGAGUUUUUAUAGGUGGAUCAUUUGUCUUAUUACAACCAUUUAUUUAUAGAAUAAUGAUCUGGCAACAGAGAGACAGCUUUCAGCUUAAAAUCAGUAAAAAAAAAAAUGUCUAGAAACAUCUAGGCUUAAUAGUCUUGUUUAUUUCUCUUGUUCACUUUAAGACAGUAGUAAACGAGUGUCUAUAGCUGCUAGAACCAAACAGGAACCAGCUUC